CUAACAAAUGUACCCCUUGCAAAUUGCAGUCCACCACUUUCUGUGUUGUGUGUAGUGUUGGAUAAUUCACAAGAUGAGGAGUUUCAUGCGCUUGUCUGCAACAGUUCUUCUCCUCUUGGCGCUUUUCAUGGCCUCUGAUAUGGGACCAAUCGGGGUGGUCGAGGCUAGGAUUUGCGAGUCACAGAGCCAUCGAUUCAAGGGACCGUGUAUCAGGAAGGACAACUGUGCUGCUGUUUGCCAGACUGAAGGGUUCCAUGGUGGCCGUUGCAGGGGCUUCCGUCGCAGAUGUUUCUGCACUAAACAUUGCUAAAACGAUCAUUUGAAACCAGAGAGCUGUGUUUCUCCUCGUUGGAGCUUUUUGUUUAGCCAAGUUUUUCCUUCCACAUGUGCGUGUGUGUGUGUGCGUGUGCGCUGUCGCGCCGCCACUGGUGCUUUAAUAAAAAUAUGAAUAAAAAAACUCGAAAUAAAAAAAUGAUGAGAGCACUUUGUUUUCUGGCAGUUGGAUGCUGGUGAUUUGAGUUGUAAGCACUCGUUUAUUCAGUGUGUUUAUUUUAAUAUGUGACUCCUAUAUAUCAGCCUAGUUAGUGGCAUUUCCUUUC